AUGACCCCCUCAGAGACGGCGCCUCUACUCCGCCAAGAAUCCACGACAUCAUACGCCCCAGACGAAGAACACGAUGACGUUACGGCGACGCGAAACACAUUUGCUCGCAAUCUUGGUGCACUGGAUGGGUUCGCGCUGCUGAUAAGCAUCGUCAUCGGCUCGGGAGUGUUCUCAUCGCCUGGGCCCAUCGAUGCGAACGUCCCAUCACCUGGCGCUGGACUGCUUGUAUGGCUUGUUGGAGGUGUUCUAGCAUGGACAGGUGCUCUGACCAUGGCAGAGCUAGGCACCGCCUUCCCUGGCGAAGGUGGGAUUCAGCCGUAUCUCACAUACAUCUAUGGCGACGUCUUCGGAUACAUGGCGGCUUGGUCUUGGGUCGUGGCAACCAUGCCGGCUACACUCGCGAUCCUCAGUAUUGUGUUUGUGGAGUCCAUAUACUCCAGCUUGGGUGUGAACGAGCCAGAUCCGCCUAUCACGCAUAAAUUAUUGUCUCUGCUUGUCCUACUGUGUGUAACGACGUUGAACUCCAUAAGCACCAAGACAAGUACCCGGUUGUCUAGCUUCUUCGUUGCCAUCAAGCUAUUUACCAUCUUCCUCCUUAUCAUAUCUGGCUUAGUGGUAGUCUUCGUCUUUCUUGGGAAGAGCAAGGACUAUGGAGGUCACGAUUGGCACCACAACAAUUGGUUCUCUCCAAGAGACACGGUACUACCCGACGGCUCAAAAUUUGACUGGUCGAAAGUGACUACGUGGGAGUCACUUGGCUUUUACAGUACAGCGUUGUAUGGAGCCUUGUGGGCGUACUCCGGUUGGGACAAAGCCAACUAUGUAGCAGCUGAGCUGCGUCAGCCCAGUCGCCAACUACCGCUCUCCAUCAACACGGCUAUCCCUACGAUCAUAGUAUGCUAUGUUGCCGCUAACGCCGUCUACUACGUUCUUCUCCCUUGGGAGGUCGUAUCAACAACAGACGCUGCUGCUGUAACGGCUGUUACCCACUUUCUUGGAAAGGGCGUAGCUUACUUCGCUACCGUGCUCAUAUGUCUUGUCAUUGCAGGCUCCGCCCUCGGCAACUCCUUCGUAGCAGGACGAAUGACCGUUGCUGCAUCUAACAACAACUGGUUUCCGCAAGUUCUCGGCACUGUCGGCCGUGUCGGUACCCUGAAGGUGACUAAACGUGACGAUUCGAGCGAGGCCGUAGACACGGCUAUGGACGAUGGAGAGUCACCAAUCAACGCUCUCAUACUCAACACCGUUCUCUCGGCAGUAUACAUUCUGCUUGGAAACAUGCGCAUCUUGCUGACUCUCAAUGGUCUUGCUGAGUACGCUUUCUUCUUCCUCACGGUCCUCGGCGCAAUCAUAUUGAGAUUUCGGGAGCCUGACCUACCCCGCCCUGUGAAACCGUUCAUCCUCAUUCCUAUACUGUUCGCCAUAAUCAGCGGUUUCGUCGUAAUCAGAGGCGCAGUAUUCGCGCCCAUUCAAGCAGCGAUCCUUGUAGGAAUUUGGCUCUGUGGUCUUGUGUUCUACUUCGUCCGGCUUUGGGUGCUAAAGAAGAGGGCUGGAAGAUGA